AGAAGAAAGAGGCGUUGAUUUUGUGAGAUGAGUUAUGCAGUAGGAGCACUGGUUGUUCUAUCUUCAUCUCCAUGUUCUCUCCUUUUUUUGAAUUCUGCUGUUCCUGUGGAGGUGGAAAAUGGGGUGAAGCCCAUUCGAGAUGGGUAUAAAUGGCGCUUGCUUUUGGCUUACGAUGGAACCCAUUACGCAGGUUGGCAAUAUCAGCUAUCUCCCCCUACUGUGCAAUGCACUGUUGAGAAAGCUUUGAUACAAGCCACAAAACUUCAAAGGAAGGAUCUCUGUUUGGUUGGUGCAAGUAGGACUGAUACAGGAGUCCAUGCUUGGGGUCAGGUUGCUCAUUUUGUUACACCUUUUAACUAUGAUACACUGGAAGAACUUCAUGCAGCUUUGAAUGGUAUUCUUCCUUCUGAUAUCCGAGUUAGAGAGAUCAGCCCUGCAUCAGCUAAAUUCCAUGCUCGAUUUUCUGCCAAAAGUAAGAUUUACCAUUACAAGAUAUACAAUGAUACCAUCAUGGAUCCAUUCCAGCGACAUUUUGCUUACCAUAGUGUGUAUAAACUCAAUAGCGCCAUUAUGAGAGAAGCUGCAAAAUAUUUUGUCGGGAAGCAUGAUUUCUCUGCUUUUGCCAAUGCAUCCCGCAAUGAUCGCGUAAUAGAUCCAGUGAAGCAUAUACUCCGAUUUGAUGUGAAAGAAAUGGGAGCUCUUUUGCAACUAGAAGUUGAAGGCUCAGGUUUCUUAUAUAGACAAGUCCGAAAUAUGGUGGCUUUGUUGCUUCAAAUUGGUAAGGAAGCUAUCCCACCUGACAUUGUUCCACAUAUUUUGGCAAGUCGAGAUCGCACGGAGCUUGCAAAGUACUCCUUAUCUGCCCCUCCUCAUGGCCUUUGUCUUGUUUCUAUCAACUAUGAUGAAAGUCACCUAUUGCCUCCACAGGGUUGCCCUGCAAAUAGUUUUGGUAGGCAUCAUACCAUAAGAAAAUGCAAGGUUCCAUUCACUUGAUUAUAAUAGGCAGCAAAACAGACAGUCGAAAUAUCUUAGGAUUGGUUUUUCUUAUUUUUAUUUCUUACAUUUAUCUGAUAUUUG